AUGACUAUCGUCUACAAAACUGGCGAGGACGCCCGCCUGGCCUUCCGAUCCGGUGCCUUUACCUCAACAACAUCCGGCCAGGCCCCGACCUACCUCCAAGCGAACUUGAUCAUCCUCCCGCAACGAUACGCCAACGACUUCCGCCUCCUUUGCCAGCGGAACCCUGUGCCAUGUCCAUUACUCGCCGAAUCAGCGAGCCCGGGUGACUUCAAGAAACUCAAAUCCUACGUCCAGAGUCAUGAUGGCAGCAAAGUCCUGCCGGUGGCAGAGAACAUUGAUUUGCGACACGACUUUCCUCGUUUCCGAGUCUACGAAGACAGCAAGCAUGUACAUGUCAAUGGUGUCUCGGAGCCCGUCAAUGUAGAGGACAAAUGGUUGGAUGGAGACCAUGUGGGCUUCCUCAUAGGAUGCUCGUUCAGCUUCGAGAGGGCCCUUAGCGAGGCCGGGCUUACGCCGCGGCACCAAUUACACAACCGCUCUGUGGCCAUAUAUCGGACCAACAUACCACUAUGUGCGGCGGGAGUUUUCAAGGGAGCCACUUACGUUGUGUCGAUGAGACCCUACAAGCUUUCUGAGGUUGAGAGAGUGCGAAACAUCACCAGACCCUUCGUUGUAACCCACGGCGAGCCAGUUGCGUGGGGCUGGGAUGGCGCUGAAAGAAUCGGCAUCAAUGACAUCACGAAGCCAGACUGGGGCGAUGUGACUUUCCAGAUUGAUGGGAAGAGUGUAUUUGGGCCGGACGAUGAGGAGUACGUGCCGGUGUUCUGGGGCUGCGGUGUGACGCCGCAAGAGGCUGUGAUGCGGGCUGACCUAAAGGGAACGGUAAUGGGACAUGCGCCAGGGCACAUGACUGUUUUGGAUGUCAGAGAGGAAGAGAUCUUCCCGGCGCUGUAA